AUGGUAUCCACAGCAUCAAUCACCUCACAUAUAUUAGCAUUCUUAAUACCUCUGAUAUUGCUUUCGACCACAUAUGCAACACCUGAACCUGCAGCUUUGGUAGCUUUACCUCAACAUACCACCGCACAAUCGUCAAGAAGAUUCGCUUCACAUCAUACAACCCCUCCUCCGUUGCAAAUCGAUCAUGAUGUGCUUCCUUUCGUCAUCAUAUCAACCAUUGAUGGUGCUCUGCAUGCUGUAGAAAGGGAUACGGGUAAGAUCAAAUGGACAUUGAAAGACGGCGUCGAACCAUUAGUUGGUGGUGGAAUUAGAGGUAAAGGUAACGAUGAAGAAUAUAUCGUUGAACCGUUAAGUGGAAGUCUGUAUGUGUUCGAAGAUGAUGAUGGUCAAGAGACAAAGGAAGGUGAAAAUCCUGAUCCUAAAUUGAGAAAACUACCACUUUCAGUGGAGCAACUGAUCGAGCUUUCCCCGUUCACUUUUCCACACUCUCCAAGUCGGAUUUUCACAGGCGCAAAACAUACCUCACUUCUCACAAUCGAUCUGCGCACGGGACAACAACUUAACUGUUUCUCCUCUUUCGGUACAAAUUUCUCUCACCCGGAAGAGGAUGACUGCAUCUGUGAUAGUGAAGAUUUGUUGGAUGAUUUAGAGGGGAAAGGAAGGUCGAAUAGAGAUUUGUUAUUCGUUGGAAGAACAGAUUAUCGACUGACAAUUCAUUCACCUCCACUCGCUUCCGUCGGUCUUUCACCUUCCACUUCUACAAUGUACCAAAGUGCUGUGGAAGCGAAAAGAAAUGCCGGUGCUCAAGAGAUAACGUACUCGACUUAUACACCGAACAGUUAUGAUAGACCUUUGGCAGAAUAUUGGCUCAAGAACGGUCUAGCCGAACAAGGAUGGGGUAUAGAAGGAGAAAAGAAAACACGUGUAGAGCUGGCUUAUGAUGGUGAUGCUGUCGGAGUCGAAAAUGGAAAUGGUGUGAAAUGGGUCACAAGAUUGAAUAGUGUAGGAAUCGCCGUGUACGACAUCCUUGUACCACUUGAUUCACCCUCUUCCAACCCAAUCCUUGUGCCACAACCUCCUCCGCAUCUUCCUACUUUAUUCCCUCCUACAUCCCGACCUUACCAGCAUUUCAUCGAUAUAGCCAAGAAACCUCUAUCCACAUAUAUCGGUUCGGUCCCUCUUCAACUCGCCCUUCCGCCUUCAGAAAAUUUGACCACUUCUUCGCGUACCAAUUCAACGGGCGAAGGUAGAUCGCAAUCAAGACGAAGUAAACCACUACUUUACGCGCUUUCAUCUUCCGCCUAUCCUCUUAUCAACUUCGCUCCUCCUCCUCGACCAGGAAGUCUGACCAACGGUUCAUUCCUCUUGACAGAAGAUCUACCUGAAAAAGACCAACUCUUACCAUAUCUCAUUGAUCCCCCAGCGGAGAAUAAAGCCUUGAUCUUAGCUAAACCGCCUGCACAGCCAACCUCGCAAAUCAGCGAAAGACCAACUUACCGAAGAGGAUGGCAUUGGUGGCUCAUAGGUACCUUAGGGACUUUACUCAUAAUAUGCGGAAUAGCCUUGACUCGAUUCGCUCGUGCUCCUCGGGUCAAACAAACAUCUUCACCUGCUGAUGAGAAAACACCUCUUCUCAUUGCUCCUGAAGCUGCUCAUAGUGAUGAGAAGCCUGCGGACGGCAUCGCCCUACCCGAACUUGCCCCUCCCCUCGAUGAAGAAGCGCCUACGCCGAAGAAGAAAUCAACCAGACGUAGAGUUAGAGGGAAGAAAAAGAGACGUGAUUCAUCAGCCGCAUUGUUGGAAGAAGGGGAAGAGGACGAUGAUGAUAGACUGGAAGCAGGGUCUCCAAAGAAAGAUGAAAAGCCCUUACCUGAUUUGCCAAGAGAAAUGUCAUCUACAGAUUUACUGGAUCACGAAGAUAAGGAGAGAUUAUCAAUAUCAGACACUAUCAUCGGGUUUGGAUCUCACGGCACCGUUGUACUCAAAGGAACUUGGGGGGGAAGACCUGUAGCUGUGAAACGACUAUUAAGUGAUUUUACUCGCUUAGCAAGUCAAGAAGUGAAAUUGUUGCAAGCGAGUGAUGAUCACCCCAAUGUGAUAAGAUACUAUUGCCAAGAAAAACGCGAUAACUUUCUUUACAUCGCUCUUGACCUCUGUCAAGCUUCUCUGGCGGAUCUCAUCGAAACUCCCGACAAGUAUCUUGAAUUAGCAUCUUCUUUGGACAGGAAGAAAGCUCUUACUCAGAUAACGGCGGGCUUAAAGCAUUUGCAUGGUAUGAAAAUCAUCCAUCGAGAUAUAAAGCCUCAGAAUGUACUCGUGCUGAGGGGUAAAGACGGGUCGUUAAGAACGCUUGUUUCUGACUUCGGUUUAGCUCGACGUUUGGAUCAAGGGCAAUCGUCAUUCGCACCUACAGCGAACAAUUUGGCUGGAUCACUAGGAUGGCGAGCUCCUGAGUGUAUCAGAGGGCAAGUCAAACUAAACGAAGGAGUGUUGUUCGAUCCUGCAUCAACAUUUUCAUCAUCAUCUUCAACACAUUCAAACUCAGACGAACACCUCGUCCUGAGUGGAGAUAAGAAUAAUCGAUUGACGAAAGCCGUCGAUUUAUUCGCUUUGGGAUGUUUAUAUUUCUGGGUAUUGAUGUCCGGUGAACAUCCUUACGGUGAAACAUAUAAUAGAGAAAGCAAUAUAGUCAAAGGUGAAGCUGUCAAUAUGUCUAAAUUGGAUGUAUUAGGUGAAGAAGGUGAAGAGGCGAAACAGUUGAUAGGGAAUCUCUUAUCAAUGGAACCUGGUUCCAGACCAGAUACAUCGGAAUGUUUGAUACAUCCAUUCUUCUGGACACCAGGGAAAAGACUAUCAUUCUUGUGCGACGCAUCUGAUCGGUUCGAAAUUAUGGAAAAUGACCCACCUGAAGCGACUUUGGUGUUGCUGGAAACCGAUGCUUCGGAUGUAGUAGGGAAAGACUGGUAUUCGAAAUUAGAUAAGACGUUCAUAAAUAAUCUUGGUAAAUAUAGGAAAUAUAAAGGUAAUAGUGUAAGAGAUUUAUUGAGAGCCAUGAGGAAUAAAAAACAUCAUUAUCAAGAUUUAGAACCAUCAGUGAAAAAACACUUAGGUUCAUUACCUUCUGGAUUCUUACAUUAUUUCACGGUCAGAUAUCCAAGGUUGUUCUUGCAUGUUUACGGAGUGAUCAAACAUAGUAUAUUAAGGCAUGAGUCAAUGUUUGAAGGGUAUUUCCAGGAAUCGUAA